CAAUUCUCUUGGCUCUCUUGUUUGAACGAGCGCCUCCUCUUCUCUUUCCUCGUUCGUUCCCUCGCUUUCCUCCCGCCUCUUUCCGGCCCCUGCGGUUGGUUUGGGUUGUAUAACGAUCAAUUUAGGGGUUUAUUCUCGUCCAGGAGAUCGCCACGCAUGGGGAUGGAGGUAAUCAGCGAGGGUCCGGCCGCUUCUCCGGCGCCUGACGCCACAAUUAGCGACUCAGAGGCGAUAUACAACGCGACCUUUAUGAUUCGGGAGGCCUUGAUCCUCGCCACUCAGGGGGAUAAAACGCCAUACAACCAAGUGAUAGAGGAAAUCACCACUUAUGAUCCGAGUGAUCCGGUUCAGGAGAGCAUGCUUGCGAUGACACUAAGGGCCCUGUCAGGAGCAAUUUCAUCAAUCGAUUACAAUUACCACAAGUCACUACUCUGUUUUAUAUUUGACAUGAGCAUGUGGAACUGUGGACCUGACGUAGCUGAUGCUUGGGUGCAGUUCAUUGUUGACUUGGCGGCUUCAAACAGUGGAUUUGUUGAUGAAUGUUUGAUUAAACUUGUCGGCAAUUUUCUCCCUCCAACUUCUCUGUCACUGACAUCAAUGUCUCUUGAUAGUUUCACUACACGGUUGGUUAUAAAUGGACUGGAUAGAAAUCAGUUAAUGGAGAAAACUGCAGAAUAUCUCUCGAGAAAGGAAGUGAUACUUCCUCGGGUGCAUAUGGCACUUGAAAGCAUUAUCCACUUGGUACCUAAGGCACCAUUGAAGCUGGGAGCUUUAGUUGUCCAUGGGAUGCCUAAGAAGCACGAGCCUAAAAAUUUCAAUGUUCUUUAUCUGGAAAACAUGCUAAGAUUGGAAAGAGGCAUAAUCGGGGAAUACCUCAGGAAUGAUAUUCUCAGGGCAGUGGUUUGUCGACUUGUGGACUUAGAUGUGGACAUAAAAUGGGAAGAUAUACUAAAGGAAGACUGCAGCAAAUGUAUCUUUGAUAUGGAACUGGAAGAUGGCGAAGAGAAUGAAACUGAAUCACAAAAGGGUGGUGCAGAGGUAUGGAAAACAAAUCUAGGUAGGGAAAGACUUGGAGAAGUUGCUGACAAGUUGGACGUUCUGAUGGAUGCAACUUUUGAACAUGUCAAGUUGUCUUAUGAAGAAGGUCGAUUGUCACAGAUUUUUGAUGUUCUCAUGGAAUCUUUCCGAUUAUAUGUGCUGAACACAUCCAGGUCAAAAUUUGCUCAGUUUGUGAUGUUCUAUGCCUGUUCACUCGAUCCAGAAAAGUGCGGGGAGAGAUUUGGCAUUGAACUGCUGAAUAUAUUUUUGAGUAGUUUUGAGCCUCGAAUUACAAGGAUGAGUGCUAUUGCCUAUCUUGCUAGCUAUUUAUCCCGUGCAAGGUUCCUUCCAUCCUAUUUUGUUGCAAGAACUUUGGAUCGUGUGGGGAGGUGGUGCCUGGAAUACUAUGAGUCUUGCCAAAAGAAGUCCGUGGAUCCUGAAGCUCAUCAAGUAUUUUAUUCUGGAUGUCAGGCUGUGAUAUAUGUUCUGUGCUUCCGCAUGAGAUCAUUAAUGGAGGUUCCCCAGCUGAAAGCACUACUAUUUCAGAUGCCUCUCGAUGUCAUCCUUAAUAAUACCUUAGAACCGUUAAGCGUAUGCUUGCCGUCCAUAGUGGAGGAGUUCCUGAAACAGGCUGAUGGAGCCCGUCUAUUCAAAUCUAAGGGGACUUUACCUGAAGGCUUGCUGGACUCGCUGAACUCAAAGGCUUAUGGUGGCAUAGAAAGACUGGACAUGUUCUUUCCUUUUGAUCCAUACUUACUGAAGAAGUCUGACAGAUUCAUCAGCCCUCAUUUCACGUUCUGGUCAAUGGUGGAAGCUAAGUACGAAGAAGACGACGAUAGUGACAUUUCCGAUGUGGAUACAAAUGAUGGAGAUGAGGGCGAUUUCUAUGCGGGAAACGGUGAACUUGGUCAGAGCUUGACGGAAGUUGACAUCCACGAAUUUGAGAGCUCAAUGAACAUGAUGUCAAUUACGCCCAAGGAUUCCAUGAAGUCCAGAUUUGCCGGGUCGCCGACUUUACCAGAAUUCGGGAGAUUGAUAAAGAUGCCGGCGAAGCUUCGUCCUUCAACAAGUCCCGACUGGUAGAAGAUGCGACCGUUGGUCCGGGAAGAGAUUUGUUAUCAACCUGACGUAAUGUCAGUCACACCCACGGAUUUCUUGAAGCCCAGAUUUGCCGGGUAAGCAACUUUACCAGAAUUUGGGGAAAAGCGAAAGAGAUGCGGCCGAGCUAACGACCUUCGACAGUUCUUACUGGUAAAUUGUGCCAGAGUUAAUCCAGGAAUAGAUCUUUUUUGGCUACCAAAAAACAAGAGAAUAAGAAAAAAAAAAAAGGGUGCUCUGUUGGAUUCUUUCUCAGCAUGCUGUGCAAGCAAUCGAAUCAUACUUGAAGAAAAAAACCCACCCUAUCUGCGGUUCUCACAAAGCAAGUAUUUGUAGAAUUAUUUAUGACUCAACACUGUUGAACAAAAUUAACUAUUAUACGAGCAUGUUCGUCAGCUGGAACCCCAAGUAUCAAACGAUAAAUCCUGUUGACGGAUUGUUUCUCUGUAUCGUUCCAAUUUUGUCUGAUGUCUUAUUAAAGUUUUCGACAAGGAGGGAUUCUUGA